AUGACGCCUGGCUACUUUAGCUAUCAUACUCUUCCCUGGUGUCAUCGUCGUGGUCAUGCUGGUGCUCAUCUUGCUGUGGAUCAUGCAGUUGUUGAUCCCCCACGCUCUCUUGCACCGCAGACGAUCGAGACAGCUCUUGUUCAGCAUAUUCCUGCGCAUCCUUUUACGAAGGGCACCCCGGAAGGCCUUGGCUUCCUCGUAGUCGUCAAGGUUCUGAGCUUCAGCCCGUAA